AUGGCAUACUUCGAGUUCUUAGAGGUCGAGAAAGACCAUCAAGAAGCUGGUAAUGAUCCUACAAAGAAGCCUGCGGUGGUUGAUCUUGUGGAUGUUAAAAUUGGCAAUGAUUAUGAACUUGUUGUCACAACGUUUUGUGGUUUGUAUAGGUACCGUUUGGGGGAUGUUUUACGAGUGACUGGUUUCUACAACAAGUCGCCACAAUUUCGAUUCGUGGGAAGACAGAAAGUGAUUCUGAGCAUCGACGCGGACAAGACCUACGAAGAAGACCUCCUCAAGGCAGUGGCAAACGGAAAGCUCUUACUCGAGCCACAUAACCUAAUGCUCGUAGAUUUCACUAGCCGUCCGGAUUACUCCUCGGUUCCAGGACACUACGUGCUCUAUUGGGAACUCGGGAGAAAAGUCAAGGACGCAAAGCUCGAGCCCGACCCCGAUGUUAUGGAAGAAUGCUGCUUCGCCGUUGAGGAGUCUCUCGACUCUGUGUACAGAAGAUUUAGGAAAAACGACAAGAGCGUUGGACCGCUUGAGAUUAAGGUUGUUAGGCCUGGCGCUUUCGACGAGCUCAUGAAUUUCUUCGUGGAUCGAGGCUCUUCCGUGAGUCAGUACAAGACGCCAAGGUCGGUGACUAAUGAAGAAGCUUUGAAGAUAUUGGAUGCGGCGGUUGUUUCCAACUUUUUUAGCCAGAAAAUUCCGUCGUGGGAGCUAAAGGAGCUGCAUUCCACCAUAUAA